AUGAGUGAAGACGACAGUAACGGAAAAGUGCCCCAUGCCUAUGGUGAAGUCGAGGACCGACCAAUAGAUCAUCAAAAAGUGGAAGUCAAAUGGUAUCGGUCGACUCUGUACAAUGCAUUGAUCCUCGGCGCCUGUAAUUUUCUCGCACCCGGAAUAUGGGGAGCAAUGAACUCGCUCGGAGCCGGCGGAGAAGAGAAACCCUACCUCGUCAACGGCGCCAAUGCACUGACAUUCUGCCUCAUGGUAGUUUCUUGCAGCUUAGGCAGCGUGAUCGUGCAUUUCAUCGGCAUCAAAUGGGCUCUGAUAUUCGGUACAAUGGGCUAUGCGCCAUAUGCGGCUGGCUUGUACACGAACAAUCGGUACGGUACUGAGUGGUUCGUGCUCUUCGGUGCUGCUCUGUGCGGUAUAUCUGCCGGUGUCUUUUGGAUGGCAGAGGCGGCGAUUGCGUUGAGUUAUCCCGAGCCGUAUAAUCAGGGAAGUUUCUGGGGCUCUGGUUGA